CAGUACGGUCGGUCACUCCGAGUGACACACCUGUCAGUUAAGGCAGACCUUUGUUGGUCUGUGAAUGGCCUACUUAAAGAAUUAUUUUUUUCUGUUUCUGUCAGUUUAAGUUUGACAGAGAUUGUUGGUUGGUGAACGUGCCUUUUCCUUGUGAAGUUUCCCAAUAAUUUUCAUUUGUUUUUUCUAAAUAUCAAUCAACUUAUUUCUAAAUACCACAUUGCACAAUGGGCGUUGAUGUUGAGACUCUUUCGCCUGGAAAUGGCUCCACAUAUCCGAAACCCGGUCAGACGGUGGUGGUUCACUACACAGGGACCCUGACGAACGGGAAGAAGUUCGACUCAUCGCGAGACCGCGGCCAGCCCUUCAAAUUUACACUUGGCAAAGGGGAUGUCAUUAAAGGCUGGGAUCAGGGAUUGGCUAAAAUGUCUGUAGGAGAGCGUGCAAAACUGACUUGUUCACCGGACUUUGCAUAUGGCUCUAGAGGUCACCCUGGAGUCAUCCCACCAAAUUCCACACUAAUCUUCGAUGUUGAACUGAUACGUGUGGAAUAAACUGCAUUUUCCUUGGUUAUUUAUCAUUAAUAGUAUUGUUUUUAAUUUUAACUCUCGCAAAGUAUUUAUAUAUUUUGUACCUCUUAAUUUGUGACUUACUAUUAUAGAUAAUGGAUUUAACUUCAAUAUUGUAGCCUGGUGCAGCUACUUGCAAUAAUCUUUUAGGUAGUUUUUUUUUUUCGACCAGUACCUACCUUAUCUGCCUACAAACCAACUGGUUGGGUUACUUAGAGUCCUGACUUAAGAUAGUUCUACAUUUUCUACACAGCCAAAUCAAUCUAGGGCCGGUUCUUGGUUGUAAAUAGUGUAUCUAAAUUGCACCUUGUAACAUGCAGCAGCAAAAUUAAUGUGUUCAUGUGAUUUUAAAGUGGGAAAUCCCAUUUUAUAGCUCUAUAAACCAUUAGAUUAUAGUAAAUUUAAAUCUUGUGUAUAAAUUAUUACACUAAUGUUGCAUUUAUAAUCCUUUUAGCUGCUCAUCUAAACUCAUGUUGCUAUAGAAUCUCAAAAUUUUGAAAAUCAUGCAGUUUUUGUUUUGGCCAAGGCAAGCUACUUCAUUGAAGCAUUUAUGUUAGAUUCUAAAUUUACUAAGUUUUUAUUUAAUUUUAAAGAACUAAAUAUAGGAUGUGGUAGUUCCUAUUGACAUGCUAUGGAACUAGAUUAGCUUAACAUUGUUAACGAGCAUGUUAAUAUUAUUUGAUGUUAAAAAUAAAGGGUUUUGUGUAUAAA